AUGAAUGGCUACUAUCCGAUGGACCAGUCCGGCCCCGGGGACAACAUGAUGGGCGUGAUGACGCAGGAUGGCAUGGGCUCCGACAUGGUCGGUGGCCAGUCACUGGAUGACAUAGUCAACCAGAACUCCAAGACCAUGCGUCGUCAGAGCGUCCCCAUGCACUACAACUCCGGUCAGCCCUCGGGUCUGGAAGGCGACAUGCGGCGCGUAUCCAUGAUGGAGUUCAGCGGUGCUACCCCAGGCCAGUUGGACCAAUAUCAAUUCGAUCCCGCCACCGCCGCACCGAACAUGGACAGCAUGGUCGGAGAUGCCUUCGCGCGCCGCGACCAUGGCUACCAGCGCCGGCGCCCAUCUUCCGGCGACAUCAGUAUGGACACGCGACUUCACGGCUCCCAAUCUGGUUACGGUAACAUUGUACAGCCUGGUUCCUACGCAUCGCCUCUUGUCCCGACAACUGGCCUCGACAUGGGCAUGAACAGCCCAUAUGUGUCCUCUGGACUGUCUAUGAGCAUGAACAUGACAGACCCGUCACUCGGCAUGAUGGGCGCAGGAGACGGCACGCCAAUCAACAUGUUCUCCCAGGCACAAUUCGCAUCGCCAAUGAUGGGGUCACCCAUUGGUCAAGAUUUCGGCGACUCGAUGCAACCUAUGCCGGACCCCGGAGGAAACGGAGAACCUGGCGAUAUGGACUUGAAUGUCACCUCGGAAAACCACACGCCAAGCCUUCGUCGCAACAGCCAAGACAACAGCGCUACUCCGAGCGCUCACUCAAGUCGGCCUCCGAAUGGCAACAUGCCGCAGCCACAGUCUGUUCCCGCUCCAAGCCCGGGCCCCAACGUCUCCACGCCCUAUGGCCAUGAGCGGCAACAGCCUAUGGCCCAAUCCGGAGGGUCUGUAGGACGACCAUUACCCUGGUCAACUCCGGCAGGGGGGUUUCCAUCUACCAUGGCAAACAGGCCUCAUAUUCAAACCCAAUUCCACAACGCCUAUUCUUCAAGUGGAUUCGACAUGCUAGGCGUUCUCAUGCGAGUCGCAACCAGACCGAAGCCAGAGAUCAACAUUGGAUCGGUCGACCUUUCCUGCGCUUUCGUCGUUUGCGAUGCGGACAAGGAUGACAACCCGAUUGUCUACUGCUCUGAAAAUUUCGAACGCUUGACUGGAUAUACACGGCACAUGAUCCUCGGAAGAAACUGUCGGUUCUUGCAGUCCCCGGACGGGCAGGUUGAAGCUGGAGCGAGAAGAAAAUAUGUGGACGACGAUUCCGUGCUCUACCUCAAGAACAUGAUCAACACUCGCAGAGAAGCCCAAAUCAGCUUGAUCAAUUAUCGACGCGGAGGCCAGCCAUUCAUGAACCUGCUCACCAUGAUUCCAAUCACGUGGGACGACAGUGGGGAUGUGAAAUUCUUCGUCGGGUUUCAGGUCGACUUAGUCGAGCAGCCUAAUUCAGUAACGAACAAAAACCCUGAUGGCACCUACAGCAUCAAUUACCAGCGUUCGGUCGGCAUGCCGAGGUAUGUCUUCAACACCCCCGAAACGGGCUCAUCGACGGAUUUGGGUCAAACAAUUCCGCGCGAUGACGUUUCCGCUCUUCUAGACACUCUUGUCAAUGGAGAGAACGAGCAUUCGAAGCGUCUGUGGGACAAGGCACUACUGGAAAAUACCGACGACGUCAUUCAUGUCCUUUCCCUCAAGGGCCUUUUCCUUUACCUCUCCCCAUCUGCUGCCCGAGUCCUGGAAUACGAAGCGUCUGAACUCGUUGGUACAGCACUGUCCUCCGUGUGCCAUCCAUCGGAUAUCGUGCCGGUCACCAGAGAACUCAAGGAUACAUCAUCUGGGUCUACAGUAAAUGUCGUCUUCCGCAUCAGACGCAAGCAUAAUGGUUACAUGUGGUUUGAAGGCCACGGAUCCCUCCAUACCGAACAGGGCAAGGGACGCAAAUGCAUCAUACUUGUUGGCCGUGAAAGACCAGUGUAUGCUCUGAGUAAACACGACAUCGAAUCGAACGGUGGAAUCGGAGACAACGAGCUUUGGACCAAAAUGUCGACAUCUGGAAUGUUUCUGUUCGUCUCGUCCCACGUCAGGUCGCUCCUGGAUCGUCAGCCCGAUGACAUGGUCGGCACGAGCAUCCAAUCACUCAUGCGGCAGGAGUCUAGGCAAGACUUCCACCGGAUUCUGGAGAUGGCCCGGACCGGCAAGAAAGCCUCAGUCAAGCACGAGAUGAUGAACAAACGAGGACAGGUUCUCCAAGCGUUCACCACCAUUUACCCGGGAGACGCUGUCGAAGGCCAAAAGCCAACUUUCGUAAUAGCGCAGACCAGAUUGCUAAAGUUUGCUCGUGGUUCAGCCAACACAAACAGCCGACCGAGCAUAUAUCCAAAGCAUGAUUCUGGGAGCUCGAUUGCGUCCACUCCCACGCAAAACACACAUGGUACCGGAUCCGUGCAGACUCCCAGCAGUUUGGCCCACGGUUUGCCUCCCAGCCAGUUCAUCAGCACGGACGGCGCUGCCAUAACCACAGCUGGCCAGCACGGACUGAAACUUGGUCAUCAAGAUGCAAGCUUGGCAUCUGAAGACAACGUAUUCGAAGAGCUCAAGACAACGAGGAGCACAAGUUGGCAAUACGAGCUACGGCAAAUGGAAAAGCGGAAUCGACUGUUGGCGGAGGAAGUCCAAAGUCUCCUAGCUGCCAAAAAGAAGAGAAAGAGGAGGAAGGGAGCGGGCCAAAUGCAGAAGGAUUGUGCCAAUUGCCACACAAGAGUGACGCCAGAAUGGCGAAGAGGACCUAGCGGUAAUAGGGAUCUAUGCAACAGCUGCGGGCUUCGGUGGGCUAAGCAGAACGGCCGUGUGUCGCCACGAACAACCUCGCAGCACUCGGUGCAUUCAGCGGGCAGUGACAAGGCCAGCAAGACCAGCGCAUCACCGCUUGCCCAUUCGCAGACGGUCAACAACGAUGGUGCAAGUGGCAUGACCGAGCACACUUCAGGCAUGAACGGAAACCCUUCCAAGGUGGCUAAGACGGAGUCCGCGGCUUCGCAGGGCCUUGGUCCUUCGGGUGCGGGAGCCAAAAUCCCCCCAAAAAUCGACGAGGCCACCGACGAGCCCGACUGA